AUGAUGGACGAGAACCUCUUCCAGGACACCCAGCCGAGAGGCCCGAAUGAGACCGCUCUGGCACUGCCAGCGGCACCGGCGGACGAGGAGGUGAAGGUGGCCCGAUGGAAGAGCUUGCCGGACCGACUGGUCCACGUGAUUCUGGGCCAGAUCAUGGAGGGCAGGGAGGAGACCCUGCAGAGACUCCCUCCAAGCGAGAAGGUCCGAGUGCUGCUGUUUGGGAUCGAUGCGAGCGACCAAGAGCAGCUUCCCUACAUGGAGACCACCGAGGGCCGUAACUUCCCUGCACUUGGUUUUGCUUGCACGACCCGCCUUGAAUUACGUUACAUAGCAUCUUUCCCAACUCAACCCAGGAAAGCGCACUCUGAUCGGUCCGAGGAGCCCGCCGAGAAGAUCUCCUUGAAAGCAAUCUGCUCAAAGGAAAACAGGAAGCAGCAACACUGCAAUCUGCAAAUGGCAGACAGCCUGGCGCAGAUACAGAUGCAGCAGGGACAGGUCCGAGACUUCGGGCUGGUGCACCGUAAGAAGAGGCAGGCGGCCAUAGAAGACUUACGGGGCCCGAAUGACAAUGACAAUGAGGACGCACUGUUGUUCUGCGACCUGAUUGACGGCGAGCUGAGACUCAAACCUACCUUGCUUGGUGCCAUGGCUUUCAAGGGCUCGAGUGGGGUGGAAGCCGACAAGAAGAAGAAAAAGAAGAAGAAGACAAAGAGGGCCGAGUCGGAUGACUGCCACUCUUCAGCUGCUUGA